GCUGUGGACUUGCUUUUUGUGCUUGACAAAAGUGCAUAGAUAGAAGACAGGGAUUCCCAGCUGGGAGGAGGGAGGAGAGCUGAAGAUCCCUGCCUGGGCUGCCUGAGCUAAGCAGUCAAAGUGGGAAGCUGAGUGCUUGAAAGAGGAUUAUGCUCGCACUAGAAAUAAGCAGUAAGUGAGUGAAUACCAUUAUGGCUUAGAAAAGGAUUAAUCCCCCCGGGGUUAUGGGGUGAACUAGAAAAUAUUGCCUAAUUCUAGAGUAAAACUGUAAGGCUCCGGCUUUGUGUACUGUUGUGUGCUGUUUGGAGACUAGAGGUUUAAGUACAAAACCAGAGCUCUAAAUGCCUCCUCCCACUCUUGGAAAAUGCCAGCUUCUAUUUAGAUUGGUUGGGGGACAUAAUUUCCUUCCCUGAACUAGCCUCUUAGAUUGAUUGGGGGACAUAAUUUCCUUCCCUGAACUAGCCUCUUCCCAGGAAAAUUUACUACUAAAUUAGAUAAGGAGUUGAGAUUGGAGAGGCGGACUUUGGUAUUUGUAGAAGUUGCAGUUUCGAAUGAUGUUCUGUGAGUGCUGGCAUUCUAUCUGUUAGCAGUGAUUGUCAAGAAAGUUUAGAAUAGGAGAUUAAAAAGGGGAAAUCAAGAGCUUUUAUGAUGAGGAGGCUGAAGAGUCCAUAUGCAGAGAAGUAAAUACAAAAAUUAUAUAAUUUAAAAUAGGUAGAUUUUUUAAAACAUUAAAUGGGAACAACAGUCAAAGAGCAUAGAAGCGCAUGGAUAAAAAUUAGUUAGAAAAAGAAAUUUUCAUUUCAGUGAGAAUUUUGUGCUAGCCAAAAAUUUCACAAUGUUUACAAAGUCAAGACAAUGAUUCAGGAAUACUUCAAUUAUUGUUGUACAUUAUUAAUGCUGUUGCUGGGCAAGAUCUGUGGUUCUCUGGUCAGCAAGUUCUGGCAAGGAAGCCACUGCCACUGGCACAAAGAAUUCUGGGAUGUCUGACAGUGAAAUGGAUGGAAGGACCCACAUUCCAUCUCUACUUAAUGUCCUUUUGUCCAGAAACCGGGUCAUGCAAAUGAGCUACUUGAAAAGUAAAGAACAAGGAUAUGGAAAACUAAGCAGUGAUGAAGACCUCGAAAUAAUUGUUGAUCAAAAGCAGGGAAAAGGCUCUAGGGCGGCAGAUAAGGCUGUUGCCAUGGUGAUGAAGGAGAUACCGAGGGAGGAGUCUGCUGAAGAAAAGCCCCUCCUUACUAUGACAUCACAGCUGGUGAAUGAGCAACAAGAAAGCAGACCCCUCCUGAGUCCCUCCAUCGAUGACUUUCUCUGUGAAACCAAAUCGGAAGCAAUAGCAAGGCCAGUAACAUCCAAUACAGCUGUAUUGACCACUGGCUUAGAUCUCCUCGACCUGAGUGAACCAGUCUCUCAAACCCAAACCAAAGCCAAGAAGUCAGAGCCUUCAUCAAAAACCUCAUCCCUCAAGAAAAAGGCCGAUGGAUCUGACCUCAUCAGCACGGAUGCUGAGCAGAGAGGCCAGCCUCUCAGAGUCCCGGAGACUUCAUCCUUAGAUCUAGACAUUCAAACACAACUGGAAAAAUGGGACGAUGUUAAGUUUCAUGGAGAUCGAAAUACCAAGGGACAUCCAACGGCAGAGAGAAAAUCAUCCUCAUCUAGAACUGGAUCAAAAGAGCUCUUAUGGUCCUCAGAACACAGAUCUCAACCAGAACUGAGUGGUGGAAAAAGCGCCCUGAACUCUGAGUCGGCUUCAGAAUUGGAGUUAGUGGCUCCAACUCAGGCUCGACUGACCAAAGAACAUCGCUGGGGAAGCGCAUUACUUUCUAGAAACCACUCCUUAGAAGAAGAGUUUGAAAGGGCAAAAGCAGCAGUGGAGUCAGAUACAGAGUUUUGGGAUAAGAUGCAAGCAGAAUGGGAAGAAAUGGCUCGGAGGAACUGGAUAUCUGAGAACCAAGAAGCCCAGAACCAAGUAACCAUCUCGGCUAGUGAGAAGGGGUAUUACUUUCACACUGAAAACCCGUUCAAGGACUGGCCUGGAGCAUUUGAAGAAGGCUUAAAAAGGCUGAAGGAAGGGGACCUGCCAGUCACCAUCCUGUUCAUGGAAGCAGCAAUUCUUCAGGACCCUGGAGAUGCAGAGGCAUGGCAGUUCCUCGGGAUAACCCAGGCGGAGAAUGAAAAUGAACAAGCAGCUAUUGUCGCCCUCCAGAGGUGCUUAGAAUUACAGCCCAACAACUUAAAAGCUUUGAUGGCCUUGGCUGUGAGUUAUACUAACACUGGCCAUCAGCAGGAUGCCUGUGAAGCUCUGAAGAAUUGGAUUAAGCAAAAUCCAAAGUACAAAUACCUUGUGAAAAGCAAGAAGGGAUCUCCAGGCCUCACCCGGCAGAUGUCUAAGUCCCCAGUUGAUAGCUCUGUUCUGGAAGGCGUGAAGGAAUUAUAUCUGGAAGCUGCCCACCAAAAUGGAGAUAUGAUCGACCCAGACCUACAGACAGGUCUAGGGGUUCUGUUCCACCUGAGUGGAGAAUUCAAUAGAGCAAUAGAUGCAUUUAACGCUGCCUUAACUGUUCGGCCAGAGGACUAUUCACUAUGGAACCGUCUCGGGGCGACCUUGGCGAAUGGAGACCGCAGCGAGGAAGCGGUGGAAGCCUACACGCGAGCACUGGAGAUUCAGCCGGGAUUCAUCCGGUCCAGAUACAACCUGGGAAUAAGCUGCAUCAACCUGGGCGCCUACAGAGAAGCGGUCAGCAAUUUUCUCACUGCCCUCAGUUUGCAAAGAAAGAGCAGGAAUCAGCAGCAAGUUCCUCAUCCUGCAAUCUCUGGGAAUAUCUGGGCUGCCCUCAGAAUUGCACUCUCUCUGAUGGACCAACCAGAACUCUUCCAGGCGGCUAAUCUUGGUGACCUGGAUGUCCUCUUAAGAGCUUUCAACUUGGAUCCUUGAAGAAAGAAUAAUACCAGUACUAAUAAUCCCUGAUCUGUGUGAUUGUACUGAAAAAUGAAAAACUAUUAUGAAUUUCAAAAGGAUAAAUCAAAUAUUCAAAAGGCCAUGGUCAUAUAGCCCAAGGAAAUUAAUUCCUGUGGACAAUGCCCAGUCUCUGUUCAGAUCCAAAAGCACAAAAUGUUGUAUAUAGAGUCAAAGUCAGGCUCAAAAGAAGAAUUAAGAGACUCAAGACAAACCAAGAUAAAGUAACUGCGUGUUGAAUACUCUUUCCACAAGUUGCAAGCAUAUUGCAACACACGUUCUUUGGGUUUUUUGUCUCCCCUUGCAGCUGAUGACACAUCUGAGGAACUUGUUCAUGGGAAACAUGGAAAAAGCACUGCCUCAGAUUGGGAAAUUCUGACUGUUUCUGAACUGUCUUCUUUUGCAAGACUGAACAUAGUUUGGGCCAUUGGUGCAUGCACAUAUAUUAACUCAUGACUAAAGACAGGCAUUGCUUAAACCUGUUCCAAUUUUAACUUUUACUGUAGCCCUUGAUUCCAGAGAGGGAGCUUUGCUGGCAAAAGCAGUUUUUGCACUAGAAAUUUUUGCUGUUCCCAAUCUAAACUUUUCUGGGAUUGUAUAUAUGCACUUUAAUAUCUUAUUUAUGCCUUGCUGGAGUUUUGUUUUGUUGCUCCAAUUUUUAACUUGGGGGUGAAAGAUUUAAGAACUCAGCCUCAUUAGAUCAACGGACCAAAUAAACAAUUCCUGAAGAUAGUUUUUCAUAGUGUAGGAUUUUGAAGAAGAAGUGUUUUUCUUAAAGCAGAUACGAUGACAUAAGGCUUAAAUAUGGCAAACAGAUCUUUUCAUUCACAUGCUUUCUGGGUCUGUAUGAACAUAAGUAAGACACAAGGUACUGUCUCUUCAUGCAUUCUCUGCAGGAAGAAAGUCUGAUGAUAUCAUGAUUUCUGUUGAGUUCAAAUUAACUUGCUUAAGUGUCAUACUUUACUGGCUUUGCCCUGCACACCAAUAUUCGUUUUAAACCACAAAUAUUUUAAAUAAUAUUUCUUAAGAGUGAUAAAUAACAUUUUUUCCUAAAAAUUAUGUUUUCUUAGUUUCAUAAUAAUCUGCACUGUUCAUCCCCUUGCAUUCUAAGUGAUAGAAGAGCAACACUUUCAAACCAAAUCUCACUGAAUGCCAGUGAUUUCAUAUGAAAUAUGCAUGCCUCUUUGGCUCUUUGAACAUUUAGCAAGUAUUGGGAAUUUUCUAUUAGCAGUGGUGUUUAAUAUCCACUUAGUUCUCCAGAGUGUUUUGUAUGUGUUUAGGGCUUGGUGAUUAUUUUGAAAGAUACAUUUUUUAAAGAAUUAGGAACAUUUUUUGCAAAAUGCUAAUCAGAAUAUAAUUUUACCAAUGUCAGGUAUAGAAGUUAUCCCAUUCUUCUUUACCUGGUCUCCUUCCUUCAUCUAGAACCUUCCCCAAAGUAGUCUAAACCUAACUUUUUAUUUAUGUUCUUUGAUUAGUAAUAGCUCAUUCCACUCAUGAUUAUAGUUACCCACAAAAAAUAAAACAACAACAACAAAAAAACUCCACAGAAUUGGGGUCAAACAGUCUAACUGCCUGGGGAAUAAGCUUCUACUAAGGAGUAAAUGUGCACACGUGCUUAUCAAUUGAAUGCAAGGUACAGGAAUAAAAUCCUUUCCUCUGUUACAUUUGAAGUCCUCGGGUUGUGAGAGGGCCUCAAGUUAACAGAAACCACAAGUCCUUGAGGCUUACAUAUGUUAUAACCUAUUCUAGUUUAUAAAGACAAAGAGCUGAGGCCACUGUGAGGAGUGCCAGGUUUUGAUAUUCAUUGUCAAAGUUCACUUGGGGCAGGUGAUAGCUCCAGCUGGUCAGCAGAAGGCAGAGGCAUUCAGGCACUCAUCAUGGGUAGCAGCGACCACCCAGUCUCAGCCCAUGCUUCUCUAUAGUCUCAGCAGCAAAGUAAAGCUCAACAAUGCUUUCAAGAAUGGUAUUCUGAGAAUUGUAGAAUUCGAGAAACCCAGUCUGGUAAGGACUCUUGGGGCCAGCCUCCAAGCCAUGGCAGGGCCUGCUUGAAUAUGCCUGAUGGAACAGCAUCCUUUCCUUCCCUGCUCCUUCCUCCUACCAUCUCUGUAUCUUGACCAGAAAGUCGGCAUGAAUAGUUCAUGGACAAAGGAUUGAAUAGUCUCUGAACAAAGGAUUCAAAGCAAACUUUGGAAGUGUUCUGUGAUGCCAUUCUAUACUUUGAGCAGCAACUGAAUUUGCAGCCUGGAUUUAAAGCCUGAAACUAGUAUAAAUGUCAAAUAAUUAAUUUGUUGCUAAAUGGUGGCAAAUUUUGUGGCCCGAGUUUUAUUUUGCUAUUGGAACGCAAACUCCAAGGAGCUGUUUUAGGGAAGACUAAACAAUCUUCCAUUCUCACCAUUAUUUGGCAAUUUGCAGAGCAUUUUUAGUAGUACUUUCUCCAGUAUAUGUAGUAUCCGUCAGAUCUAAGGUUUUUAUAGGCUGUCAAGAAGUCCAGAAUUAUGGCCCAAGAGGAAAAGAGUUGCAUUUUUCAAUAAUAUUUUUUAUAAAAUUAAGUUAAAACCAUUAUUAAAACAUGAGUGACAGGCCAGGCGCGGUGGCUCACGCCUGUAAUCCUAGCACUUUGGGAGGCUGAGGUGGGCAGAUCACAAGGUCAGGAGUUCGAGACCAGCCUGACCAACAUGGUGAAACCCCGUCUUUACUAAAAAUACAAAAAUUAGCCGGGUGUAGUGGUGCGCACCUGUAAUACCAGCUACUCAGGAGGCUGAGGCAGGAGAAUCACUUGAACCAGGGAGGCGGAGGUUGCAGUGAGCCGAGAUUGCACUGCUGCACUCCAGCCUGGGUGACAGAGCGAGACUCCGUCUCAAAAAAAAACAAAAAAGUGACAGUUUAUAGGACUAGAGCACCACCAAGAAAUCAGUAGCAAGACUUUAGAACAGUCUGUUUGUAUAAAUCAUAUACAGUAAAUGUUUGGUUUUUUAGAAGUGCAUCUACUUUAUUUUUUGGCAGAACAAUUUUUGGCAUCUCAUCUUCAUGGCAUGAAAUUGUCAUUUAAAUUACUCUUUCCGUUUGAAGGGGGAGGGUAUCCUUAUUUCCCUUCUGAGGUACUCUGAGAAGGCUUUGAGUUUCCUUUUUCAUGUAUUAAUGUAUAACAGCCUAACAGCUCCUAGAAGAUGGUAUUCUUACUAGAAUGGCCAGUCAGUUAUAUACAGGUGACUUCCAGGGACUGACUUUGCCUGUAGAUUGGGUGAAAAUAAAGAGAAAGCCAGUGAUUAUUGCUGAGUUUCAAAAUAUAACCGUUUCUAGUAGGCUACUUCCACAUGCUGUUGUACCUUCCUGGUGAGGAGGCGACAGAGGGAUAGGGGAGAGGAGGAGGAAUAAAAAUCCCUCUCACUGGGCCAAUCAUACUGAUUCAUUCUACUUCCUCCAAAACUCACUCCCCAUGACUCCUGAAAAAUGGGCAGAUCUUGUCCACCAGGAAAUUUUAAUAGAAUACUAUGCACCGUGCUUUCUCAUCAGCCAAUCUGGAUUCCUACUAGAACAGAAAAGUAAGGAAACAUAACUGGGUAGGGAUGUCCACUUAUGUUUCACAAACUCACUUUUAGAGUUUCAUGCCACUUUCCUCAUUCUUCUCUUUAAGAUAGAUACUAUUAUAUUGAACAUGGGCCCCAUGUCUAAAUACUUGUAUAGAUAAAUAUUUCUGGUAUAUUCUUCCCAUACAAGUGAGACUUGAAUACAGUUGUAGCUAGUCCCACUUAUAAUAAGAGCUUCCAAACUCUUUAUCAUAAACUUUGUCUGUGAGCUUGGGAAUAUAGAGAAAGCAAGUUGAUCAUUCUGAGACCCUUCCUCAUUUGCCCUGAAUCAGUUCCCCAAGAUUGGACUGUACUUUAAGCUAGUUGUUGUAGCAGUGGUGGUUGUUGUUUUAUAUCUUGAGAUACUUCUAGAACAUUCUAGAAACAGGGUAUUCUAAAGGCUUACUUUAUAUGCCAUCCUUUUUGAAACUUCUUAUUUUAGAAUUUAUUACACAUGCACACUUAUGAUUUCAACCUUGUAAAAUAAUUUCAAAUUCAUUCCGUAUCCACAUUUUACUGCAGUUUCCCUAUCAUCUCAAUAGUUAUAGAACUGGUUGAAAUUAAACUGUUUUGAACUAAGAAGUAGAUACAUAUAUAUAUAUUUUUAAAGAGUGUUCAUAGAUAAACUCUGGCAUAAAGUUUGUAAAAAAGCAAUUUUUUAAAAGCAAAACGUAUAACCUCAGGUACAAAAAUAAUGCAUGCAUUAGUAUUGCAAAUUUGCCUACUCAAAUAUUAACCAAAGCAUGCAAGAUAACUUGACUGAAUGUAAAUUUACACAGUGCAUGACUAAGUCUCAUAGGUUAGCCUGUUGUUCCUUGCCUCUAUACAAGGGAGCAUUUUUAUGAACUUUGUGUUACAGUUUUUCUAUUUGCUUUUCUUAUCCUAUCCUUGAGAUUGUUUUCAUGCUGUCACACUGAACUUUACAGAUAUUCACACAUCUGGUUUGUACAGUGUUACCAGUGUCAAACUAAUCCUCUGAAGAAUCUGGGUACUUAGACAUCUAAACACUUUUUCAAAAACCAGUUGAGGCACAACAGAUCCAAAACUUAAACAAAUCCAAGUGUCUGAAUGCUACUAAACUAAGUCAUGUUGACUGCCUCAGCACAUAAAGGUUUCGACUUUAAAUUCUUAAUAAUGCAUUUCAAAAUUUUUCUAAAAGUUUGGGAAUAAAUUAGAAAAACUGAUAUUCUAAAUAAGGUGAGGAGGUUGGGGUAAUGUCAGGCACAUCAAAAUCAUCACACAGCCAAGUAGAUAUGGGGCCUUAAUUUUCAUAAAUGUCACAUAGCGAGUGUGUGGGGUAUCACAACAUUGUUCUGAUACAGCCCUAUUUGUAUAGUAGUUGAGCUGCUUGGGCUAAAUGUCCCUUGAGAAACUGGACUUGAUCAACAGGUCUAAAAACACUGAUAUUUAGGGAGUGAUGAGGUGAUUUCAUGGUCACUCAGAACCAACUCUGAAAUCUUCUCACUGCCUUUUCCCAUAACCCCUAUUUUAUGAGGAGACCGGAAAGGGAGAGAGCAAAGCUCAGUGAGACCAUAUGGUCUUACAUUAGUAACAGCUUUGUUACUCACUCCAUAUACCCCCGUACCCUCACACACAUACCAUGAGCUCAAAGACAGAAUUCUACACAUAACACACAUAGCAAAGACGAUUGUGGGGAGGCAUUAAACAGUUAAGAAGAAAAAAAAAACACAGAAAAUUAAACUGCGAGGUUUAACAACCUCUCAUGUGAUAUUUUGCCUUGAACAAAGUUUCCACUACCUGUAGCUUCUGCAGAAAUACCAAAAUAACACAGUCUAGAGACAAGUGUCCCAAUUUCAGAACUGUUUUCUCAGGACCUUCUCUAUAAGAGAAAACUAACUUGCAAUGCUGCAGAAUGUCAGAGCAAAACCCUGAUGAGCUCCAGGGGAUACUUAAUAGAAGCCUGCACUCAAAAUAAUAUUAAGAUGGAAACAACAACAACAAUUAGGCAGUUCUUUGCUCAACUAUAAAAUGUGUAUCAUUCAUGGGGGGGGAGGGGUGGUGUUCUUUGGAUUUCUUGGAAAGGGAAAUGGUAUAACACAAAAAGACUAAGAGGUAUACACACUCAGCUCGGUAAUUCGAGCAUUUGGCAUUUUCACUGAGAUAUGUAGCAUUUCUGCAUGGAUACCAUACAAGAAUUCUGCCAUGUGAGAAAUGUGGUCAUGACGGACUACGUUACCUGUAGUUAAGGGAAAUACAGCAAACUUAAGUUUUUACCAUCUUCCUUUCAUUUUCCCUAUAUAUCAUCUAACCCAAACUUUCUUCAAUUUACAUUGCCCAAAUUUGUUUACAUUGGUUGAAAAAAAAACUGAUUAAUUUAUUAAACUUUUUACAAACUGUAACAAACAUUUAACUAUUUAGAAAAGACAUUUCUACAUAUUUUAUAUAUCUACGAAUAUUGCAUAUCUAAUCUAAUCUAAAAAUGUUGUUUUGAGACAAUUCUUCUGUGAUGCUUCCUCAUCAUGCUCAUAAAUGUUUAAAGUCUUGGGAUUUCAUUUUCAGGCUGAACUAGAUAAGAAUAAAAAAAUUUAAGUUUAAAUGUUUACAAUGAGUUACUAAAUUAAUACCAAUUCAACUUAAGUGACCUAUAGUAAAUUAAUGGCAAUGGGGGGGAGGGGAUUUUAAAGUGAUUGGCAUAUUAUGUGAUACUGUAUCAGUGAUUUAGUGAAAUAAUAUGUAUCAUAGCACAACUCUGUUGGGUAUUAAGGCUUCAUCUUAGUAUUUCCCUGCGUUGCUCUUUGAAAUAAAAUUACUACCAUAAAAAUAACCUCUUAUCAUAUUGAUGUGUUUAAUUUACUCAGUUGGCUUCUAAUUUGCGUACCAAGAUUAAGGUAGUAUUUUUGUACUAUUAUUGGAAGCAUGCCUUCCCUUUUUCACAUUAUUAAAUUGUAUUUAUAUUUGUGCAAUUUUAAACUAUGUUUUCAAAUAAACUGUCUGCGGCUUCAAGGUCUUUUCAGGAAUCUUUCAAAAUGGGAUUUGGGGAUCAGAAUUGCUUCUGAUCAAAUGGAAUCCAAUUUGUACUACUGGCUAAAGGUCCUUUUAUUAAAUAUUGAAUAUCACUACAUAUGAUUUUGCAUGAGCUAUCUGGAAAUCAGGAAUGCAUUUUUGGAUAUAAAACAAAACUUUAAAAAUCUU